UCACUCACUUCAAUUAAACCAGUUGAAAAAUUACAAGAAGGAAGUUUUGGGCUAAUCUCGCACUUCAAGAUUUCCUCUCUGCACCAGAAACUACGAACAUGUCUUCGAAGAUCAUGCUGAAACCUAAGGGGAAGAACACCAAGAAAGCUGAGGCGGCGGACGAGGACGACGGAGCAGUUGCGGCGGUGGGAAAGUUCGUGAAGGAGUGGGGGACAUGGUCAGCAAAGAAAGCUAAAGUUAUCACCCAUUAUGGUUUCAUCCCUCUUGUCAUCAUCAUUGGCAUGAAUUCUGAACCAAAACCCUCUCUUUCUCAGCUUCUUAGCCCCGUGUAAACCCCCUUUCUCAGAUAUCAAUCGAUUUGACUUCUAUUGGUAAUGGGUUGGUUUGGAUUUUUGUUUUGCUGGAUCACCCUGAUACUCAUCAAUUUUAUAUUUGUCGAGCUAAUUUUGGCUUUCGCUAUGUAUGGAUCAUUAUUUGCAGCCCUAUGUUAAAGUCCUUUUCUUGGUAAUAAUUGUUUGGGAAUUUAGGGUUUAGGCUUAGAUGUAAUAAAACUAUGUCUUGUUGGCUCUUUAAUAGUCUUCUGAUGCUAAUGGCUUGUGAAACUUUAAUAAAAGAGUUGCUUUUUUUUUUAGUGAA